AUGUCUCUCUACAUCGAGGCAGCACGAAUCAUCCAGCGCCCACGCUAUGGCGGCCUCCGCGGCGCAGUCUUCUCAGACGCCUCGGUCAAGUCCCGCCCCGAGCAGCUGUACGCACUGAUCAUUGAAACCCUCAAGCACCAGGAGAUCAUCAACGAGGUCCUCGACAAGUCCGGGCUGCUCGAGAUUGAGAAGAAACUCACGCACGCCCUCGCCCUCGUCCUCGUCCAUGACUUCCUCUUCAACAAAGGCGGCAUCGCCACCUCCACGGGCCCACUCAAAGAGUCCAUCCUGCGGCACAAGUCCCGCCUCACCUCCGAAUUCACGCGCGCCCGCCUCCGCCGCGGCUACUCCACCACAGCCGCCCUCCUCGCCGCCGCAAACGCAACGUCAAUGCGCUUCCCGCGCUGGGUCCGCGUCAACACGCUCAAGACCACCGUUGCGGACGUUCUUGCCCGCCACUUCAGCGACCACAAGCCCGUGCGCCUGUUUGAGGAGCUCUUGAGCGAGGAUAUGACGCGGAAGACGGUCUAUGUCGACGAGUUUGUACCGGGCCUGCUCGGCUUCCCGGCGAGUACGGAGCUCAUCGGACAUGCACUCGUCGCAGACGGGACGCUGUUUAUGCAGGACCGCGCAUCGUGUUUUCCGGCUGCGCUGCUGGCGCCGCCGGAGGGGGCGGUGGUGGUGGAUGGGACGGCGGCGCCCGGGAAUAAGACGACGCAUUUGGCGGCGAUUGUGGGCAAGGGCGGGAGGGUGCUUGCGUUUGAGAAGGACCCGAAGCGGGCAAAGACGCUGGAGAUGAUGGUGGGGAAGGCGGGCGCGGAGAAGAUCGUUGAGGUGCGCGCGGGGGCUGACUUCCUGUUGUCGGAUCCGUGGAGCGAGACGGAGAAGAAGAGACUCGCAAAGGUGUCGCAUAUACUGCUGGACCCGAGCUGCAGCGGCAGCGGCAUCGUCGAGCGGAACGAGUACUCGUACAUACCAAAGACCGCCGCCCCACCACCCGCCCCAACUAGCCGCGCAGGUAAGGCGAAGAAGCGCAAAGGCGGCGAAAAGGAAGAAACACCGUUCGUCAAGCCGCUCUCCAAGAAGGAAGAAGAAGAAGUCGCAAAACAGGCCGAGGCAGAAGAGGAGCGCCUCCGCUCCCUGUCAACCUUCCAGACGCGCAUCAUCAAGCACGCCAUGCGCUACCCGGGCGCGCGCUACAUCAGCUACAGCACGUGCUCUGUGCACUCACAGGAGAACGAGCAGGUUGUCAUGGCGGUGCUCAGCUCGGAGGUUGCGAAGCAGCGGGGGUGGAGAGUGCAGAAGAGGGAGGAGACGGGGUUCCGGCAUUGGCCAAGGAGGGGGCUGGUGGAGGAGUGUGGUGGGGAUGAGGAGAUUGCGGGCGGGUGUGUGAGGUUUGAUCCGUGGGCGGAUGGCGGGAUUGGGUUUUUUGUGGUGCUGUUUGUGAGGGAUGGGAGUGUGGAUGGGUAUGUGCAUGUUGAGGAGGAUGAGGCGGAGGAGGCGGAGGAGGAGGAGGAGGAGGAGGAGGAGGAGGAGUGGGGGGAAGUUUGGGGAGGGGGGUGGAGGGGCGAGGAAGGCGAGGAAGAAGGAAGGGGCGGGGUCGGGGUCGGGGGCCGGCGCGGGGGCCGGCGCGGCGAAGAGGAAGAGACCUGUUGGGGAGAGGGAGGGGAAGGGGGGAAGGCGAGGAAGGUGGUGGAGUCUGCGGGGGGCGUGAAGGAGGCCGCGGGGGGGGGGAAGAAGAAGGAGGAGGUCACGGGCGGAGGGAAGGAGGAAGAGGCCACGGGGAAAGGGAAGAAGGGGAAGGGGCCGCAGGAGAAGAUGAUUCGCCCGAGACGACUGAUGGGGGCGGGGAAGAAGUAG